GAAAACUGAUUCGAGUAUUAAGGGACAGGGGAAUGAAAAUGCAGACUCUCUUCACAUUCGAUAAAAUGGACUCUUCUUUGUGAAUAUAACAGUGAACGUUCACUGUUACACUGUACGAAGUCUGUGUAGUGUAAUUAAAAGUUUUUAUUGAGCCCCUGAGCCUUGGCUUUCGCGUAUUUUUUGGAUUGCUGAGAUACAUCCGUGCACUUGAUAUCUUUCCUCAAUACUCAGCCUCCGGCAAUUUACCCUCCCCUGCCGGGAUCGGUGAUAGACAUUCAGCCACUUCCAAUCGCAGCCGCCCAGUGUGAGAGCGGCCAAUCGGGAGCUUCGGCGGGCGGGGCGGCGGGCCAGUUAGAUUUGGCGGUUCGACUUCAAGAUGGCCGAAGCGAGCAACGCCAAUGUAGACUGCGCUUGUGAGGAAAAAGGGCCUGAGGGGUUGUCUUCGGAGUCUGUGCCACCCGGCACUACCAUUUCGAGGGUGAAGCUCCUUGACACCAUGGUGGACACUUUUCUCGAGAAGUUAAUCGCCGCCGGAAGUCUUCCCAGCCUUAAUGGAGAUGGAAGUGCCAGUCCCUGCCUGCCCUCUGCUGGACAACCUGUGCAAUAUGCUUUCAGCUGGGCAGCAUGCAGGUUACCAAGGAGGAAGGAGGAAGUCUCUGAAAUCAAAGAGGAAGGGAAUCUGGAAGCUGUCUUGAAUGCCUUGGAUAAAAUUGUGGAAGAAGGCAAAGCCCGUAAGGAACCAGCCUGGCGACCCAGUGGGAUCCCAGAGAGAGACCUGCACAGCGCCAUGGCACCCUACUUUUUGCAGCAACGGGAUACCCUACAGCGCCGUGUGCAGAAACAGGAGGCUGAGAACCGGCAGCUGGCAGAUACCGUCCUGGCUGGGCGCAGGCAGGUGGAGGAGCUGCAGCUACAGGUCCAGGCGCGGCAGCAGGCCUGGCAGGCUCUACACAGAGAACAGAGGGAGCUGGUGGCUGUGCUGAGAGAGCCUGAGUGAGGAGAUGGCUGGGCCCAAAAGCAGAGGGCAGUCAAGGUCGAGGGCCUGUGGUCUAGCAUGCUGGGCCUGGGCCUGUCCUCUGAGAACAGCUGAAAUGGUGCCUAGUCCUUAAGCGGUGAAGGAAUUUGCCAGAGGACCAGGCUGGAGCAAGCCCCAUGCCACUAUGCCUUUGGGGCUCCCUUGGGGUUGGUUUCAAACAUACCCCUACCUUCAGAUUCCUCCCUGUUUUCUUCUAACUCCCACCUGGGAAUCAAGCAGUAGCUUCUUUCCUCCUGGUUCAGGUCAACUCUGCCAACCCCCUCCUGCUGGUUCCUGAGCCCUCCCUAGGACUUAGCUUAGGGAAUCUGUUUUCAAUCUUCACUGAUUGUCCCCUUGCUGGCCAGCCCAAGGGCUCUUACCACGUUCUCCCCACAUCCGUAAAUAAACUUCCUCCACUACACUGUAA